UGUAAUACUCCGUGUUCAAACGACUUUACUCUUCAUCACACACAGUCCGAUGGAUUUGGACGCGCGAUGAGAAGAAGAUCAGAAUGGAUAGACGCAUUCAGAUCUUCCUAAACAAGAUCUCCCUCGCCUCCACUGCCAUCGCCACCCUCAUCCUUCUCCUCCUCUACCUCCGCACUCCGGCCACCUGCGUCCACAUCGCCAGCGCCCACCUCAAGCCUCACCACAGCUUUCCCAAAUCCACCUGCGGCUUCUCCGCGCGCCCCUACACCUCCGUCGACAAACGCAACCGCCGCCUCUGGUCCACCGCCGCCUGGAUCCGAACCGUCCGCUCCUACGCGGAUCUCUUCCGGAUCCUCCGAGACAAACGCCUGUUCUCCGUCCAGUCUCGGGCCCUCGUGAUCUCCGCCGGCCCAGGACACGCCGUCAAGGCGCUCCACGAUCUCGGAUUGAGCGACGCAACCGGAAUCGAACUCGUUGAGUCGCCGCCCCUGGUCAGCCGGGCGGAUCCUCUCAAUCUGCCAUUCUUCGACGGUGCGUUCGAUUUCGUGUUCAGCGCGUAUCUAGACCGGGCCCUGUACCCGGCCAGAUACGCGGGUGAGAUGGAGAGGGUGGUCCGUGACGGCGGCGCGUGCGUGGUGGCCGUGGAGGAGUGCGGGGAGGGGGAAAUCGAGUCGGUGGCGAAAUUGUUCCGGAAAUCGAAGCUUCUGGGGGCUAUGAACGUGACAUUGGGCGGGGAAAGGAGGACUAGGAUCGUGUUGAGAGUUAGAAAUGGCCAUGGCUGUAGCAAAAUGGCAUACGGCAGCAGUGAACAGCGGCGGUGGCUGCAGGCUCAAUAACAGUGACGGUCAGCGAAGAUGCAGCGACGGUCUACGGAGGAGCAGCAGCGGAAGAACAGCAGUGGUAGACGGGUCAGUGCUAAUCGGCCAGAAACAAGAAAAUUUAGAUUUUAGGCUCGGAUACAAUAACAUUUGUAAGAAUUUCUCUUGUAUUUCUGAUAAUUACCAUAUAAACAUCUGUGGCACAUCUUUGGUGUAGAGGACAAAUGGGGUACCUUUUGGUUUUACUGCUAGCAUUGCUCAAAAGUAAAAUAUACGGAGGUCUUCUAUCCUUAACAUUUUCUUCACCAAACAUGAGUUAUGCUCGUUUUAACUAAAUCUAAAACUUCAGU